AUGGCUCCAUUUGCACUAAUCCUGACCACCCGUUUCAUGUCCUUGUCAUUAACCCUCUUGAUCAACCCAAUCAGCACCGUUGAUGCGAGGGCCAAUAAGACCGACCUGAUCGAACAGUUCAUGGAGGCCCACAACAAUGCCCGUAAAGCUGUUGGGGUCCCACCUCUCAAAUGGGAGCCUCUCCUAUCCACAUAUGCACGUGUGUACUCGAACGAGAGGCGCCACGACUGCGCGCUGCUGCACUCGCCAGGGUACGCUUUCGGUGAGAACGUCUUCAUCGGACAGGGCCACAGUUGGACGGCGAAGGAUGCGGUGGCAGCAUGGGUGGCUGAGAAGCAAUGGUACCACUACUCCGACAACUCAUGCACCGGCCCAGAUUGCACGCACUACACCCAGAUCGUGUGGCGCACCACAGAGCGUGUGGGGUGUGCGAAGAUCAUCUGUGACAGCGGCUGGAGCUACAUCACGUGCGAGUAUUACCCACCGGGGAACUAUAUUGGAGAUAGGCCUUACUAG